GAAUACUUUGACAGUGACAGUUAAAUGGUUUCAUACCAGAAAUCUGUUUUGUAAUUUAAUUGCAAAUAUUCGCGACGAUAGCCGUGAAUAUAAAUGUUAUAAGAAAAAAUAAAAGUCAAGUGUUUGUGAGGAAAAUAACUGUGAUAUACUUUCAUAGAUACACAAAUAAUGAUCAAAAGCUAUACUAGUUAUUCUUUGAUAAAUUUUAUAGGUUUUUCAUAAACCGAUCAGUAUUUCCAUUAUAUUUCUACUAUUUACCUUUUUCAAACUCUUAUAAUUUAUCUUAAUGUUGACUUUAUGUCAUAACUACUACCGCGUAUUAACGAAUAAUAAAAAUAGCAAAAAUGAGGUACAAGAUUUCAGUAGAAGAAAAUAUGCGUUUGGUAUAUUUAUUUUAUUCCUUGUUGCUGUUUUAUGGGUUGUGUCCUCAGAGCUUACAAAGUAUAUUUACACAGAGAAGAAAUUAGAAAGACCAUUCCUUGUGACGUAUAUACGAAGCUCGUUAUUGUUUAUAUACCUUUUAGUAUUAUGCUUUACACCACCUACAAAAGAUCCAUGUCAACCUGCUGAUUACACUCAACUUGUAGAACCAACAAACGAAACAGAUGAUGAAAAUUUUUAUAAUGAGGCGACAAAUAGUUUAGGUGACUCUAUGUUUGUGCCAGUAAGGCCAGGAGAGACAACAGACAGUGAUGAUGCAACUCCAAGAGCAGUACGCUUUAACAAAGUUGCAGAGGUCCGCGUCAUGUCAGCGGCAAUGGCGGGUGAGGCUCUUUUGGCGCGUCUUUCGUGGUCGGCGUCCAUACGCGCGACAGAAUACGCGCAACGACGGGCCGCCGCAGCUGCCACCCGACGGCAUAUACGACUUGCACUUAUGUUUACAAUACCUUGGUUUAUAUCGAACUAUCUUUACCGUUUGAGCUUAUUGCACACGUCGAGUUGUUCAGCCACAAUCUACACUUCCACGACGAGCGCGUUUGCCCUCACACUUGGCGCGCUUUUCGCACAAGUGCCCACAGACAGAUUUAACUUCUCAAAGUGUGUGGCUGUUCUACUUACUGCGGCUGGACUUGUAGUUCUAGGUAUAUCUGAGAGCCAUCAAAGUAAUUGGCUGGCCGUGUUAGCGGCGCUGGGCUCCGCCUUGUGCUACGCGGUGCACUUGUUAAUGUUCCGACGAGAGUUGAGGAAAGGGGACGGGAUUAACUCUUUUUUGCUCGUUGGUAUAGUUGGAUGCACAUGUGGUUGCUUAAUAUGGACAUUCGGGGGUGUGCUAGCGGUGGCUGGCGUUGAGAAAGCUGAGCUUCCAUCUCCAAAAUUAUGGAGUUGGUUACUUCUAGAUGCCGCCUUGAGUCCACUCCUUAUGGAGUCCUUGUGGCUUUGGGGUAGAUCGCUGACGUCGUCGCAGGCGGCGACCGGCGUGCUCGCCACCGCCGUGCCGCUGGCGGCGUGCGUGGAGGCGUGGCGCGCGGGGCCCAGCGCGUGGCACGCGGCCGCCGCCGCGCUCUCCUCCGCCGGCUGGGCGGCCGGCGCGCUCGACCUCGCCGACAUCCCCGCGCCCGUCACCUGGCUCAACGUGCGCUUGCGAGCCGCUGAGGGGUUCACGACGAUACGAAAUAUAUCAGAUUUGGACGAGCAAUCAGAAGCACUAAUAUCGGAUGACCCUACGUAACACAACAAUAAAGUUUAGACAUAAUUUUUAAGUUAGUGUGACUAUAAGCACCGGGUUUGCUGUGUGACACCCGCGUUUUAUCGACUUGUAUCACUUAAGUUAUCCAUUAAAAAAUAUAAAUUUUUAUCAACAACUUAUUAAAACCUAUCGAUUUAAGAUUUUUUUUAAACAAAUUCUCUGAGGAAAGGAGUUCAAAUAGUGUAUAUUAAUAUACAAUAUUGCUUGAAAAUUUAGUGUAAUAUUUUUAUUAUUUCUGCAAGGCUUUACCUCAACAAUUGAUGUUUGUAUUGAUCUCAAAAAAUUCACAGAAGUAACAAUUUCAAAUGCAUAAUUUCACGAAUGAUUCCUCUUUUGACUAAAACAGGUAAUUUAAGUGAAGCAAAUCGUUACUCCUAGUCUAUGGUGUAUAGCAUUUAUCAUCGUUUAGAAAAAAAUAAAUAUUUAAUAUAAGUCUUGACCUUUGUAUCAUUCCAUCAAUAAUUUUUCAAAGUAUUAUUUAUUGCUGUAUAUAAAUAUAAAUUAUUACUGGACGAUGUAUGUAUAUUUUCUUUAUCGAAAAUUUUUAUAUUUCAUUUAUGUCACAUUAUUUUUUAAACGGAAAUAGUUUAUAUUUUUACUAAUGGAUUCAAUUCAUUGAGAAGUGAAAUAAAUGACUAUCAUUUGUAUUUUGUUUGCUUUAAACAUAAAUAAAAAAUAAGUAAUUGUGUUUGGUGUUAAAUAGUUUUCAUAUUGACUCUAAAAUGCAUAUAAGAAACAAUUCCUAAACUGAAGAUAUAGACAAUUAUUAUUAUUAUUAUUACUAUAAGAAUUAAACAACUAGAAAAGACUAUAUUUUCCGAAUAAUUAGUAUAUUAGCAUGUGUGUGGUCGAAUCGGACAUAGAAUUCAUAACUAAGUAUUCAUGCAUAGUCCAUAAUAAGUCCGAAUAAGAUUUUAUUUUAAAUUGUCGGCCGUAACCUAAUUCAUCAAGAAUAUAGAAUUGUUUAUAUGCCGUUUCGGAAUUUCUUCGUGUUUCAUCAUAUUGUAUUUAGGUUGCCUGGUUUAAUUUCUCACGAAUUUUAUAUUUAAAUACAUAGAUAUAUAAUGAUUCGUUUUAAAAUGAUGCAUGAUUUCACAUACAUCAUUGUAAAGUCAGUAUUGCAACUGCGUAUAAUGACUAUGUAGAUCAUUUCUUCCAAUCGUGUUAUAACUAUUCUUUUUUAAUGAUUUUACAAAGCGCUGUUAGAAUGUUACAAUAUCUAUUACAUUAAAAACGUUUUCGGGUUUUUCUGGUAAUUCAAAUUUUCAUGAUAUUAUUCAUUUAAUAUACAAUUAAUAGCCUUAGAUAGGAUUAAAAAAGGUAUUUUUUAACUAUCGCAUAUUUGCAUUGAGCACAAUGUCAUAAAAUAAAUAUGUAAUUAAUUUUUAACUUUAUUUCUGUAUGUGUAAUAAACGAACAGCUUGAAAUAUAAA